AUGAGCGAAGAGCUAGACCAGAGGCCAGCCAAAAGACAGCGCUUCUUUGCCGAUGAACCACAUCCUCCGGCUCUGACCGACGGAACUCUGCCCAGCCGCGACGCGUCGCCCGAAUAUCCCCAAUUAGGCCAGAAUGGCAACGAGAAUGGUAGCCACGCCAAGCAUCAGCCAACUCAGGACCAAGUGACAGCGACAACAGAAAGCCUGCCAACAGCCGAAGGAUUUGAUGCAGACCUGUUCACCAGUAUUAUCGGAGAACAGUUACCCCCCGACGCGAUCCAGACGAUCUCCGCCGCCGCUUCCCAGAAUGUCGAACGUGCAGUGAACAUAUACUUUGAUGGCUCUUGGAAGAGGCCGGCGAAGACUACCAUUCGAACAAAGUCUACUAGUCUACAAAAGAAUGGAAUCUCACACGGCAGAAGAACAUUCGGGGUAGGCGGUUGGGCGACUCGGAGCGGGCCCGCAUUGCUUCAGCAUGGCGACCCAGUCAAGAUCGACCGUGUCCGGUCUCAGCCGCCUUCCAGGCGAGGGAAAGGAGGGAGGGUGUUCGUCAAUCAUAAGAGCGAUGUGUUGACCCGCUUCACCACCGUUGCUGGCCAAGAGGUAGGGAGAUUGCCCAAGGAGGAGGCCGAAUGGGUGUCAACCCUGAUCGACCAGAAAGUGUGUCACUUCGAAGCCGUCUGUGUCUACAGCGACGAGCGCCUUCGUGUGAACGACACCAUCUUCUUGCAGCUGCGGUGCUUUAUGCGGAAAGAGGCAUUUGAAUACGGUCCAUUCUCUGGGAUGGGGAGUGACGAUAACCGUUCCGUGGGUCUGUUUGAAGAGAAGGAAAGCACGGAGGAGAAGAACCUGCGGCUUCGUCAAGUUGCGCUCGUCAAGCUUUUUGCUGCCAUCGAUAUGAAGCCAACGUCCAUCAACCCAACAACCGAAAAACACAAGAGAGAAGGUCUGCUGCGCGCUGCCGAGAUGGCAGAGCAGUACGAUGGGGCUAAAAAGGAGAGGACGAAGAGUAAUAAAGAUACGGAGGAGUCCUCGGAAGAGGACGAUACUCAGGAGCUGGAACAGGAUCAGCUUGAUGCUCUUUACCAGAAGGCCCAAUCCUUCGAUUUCAGCAUGCCGGAGGCCGAGCCGGCUCCGACGUUUAGGCUUAGUCUCCGAAAGUACCAGAAGCAGGCUCUUCACUGGAUGCUUUCGAAGGAAAUGGACAAAAAGCAGGUUCGGGAGCGCUCGAUGCAUCCACUAUGGGAGGAAUAUACCUGGCCGACGAAGGACAGUGAUGACAAGGAUCUCCCUGUCUACGAUGGAAUCGAGAACUUCUACGUGAACCCAUACUCUGGCGAUUUGAGUGUAGACUUCCCGACCCAAGAGCAACACUGCCUUGGUGGCAUUUUGGCCGAUGAGAUGGGACUUGGAAAGACCAUCGAGAUGCUAAGUCUGAUCCAUUCCCAUAAGAUUGAGCCGGAGUCCAACGGCCCUGCUUCAGUCAACGAUCUUGCCCGUUUACCGGACACUCCAGGUGUGAUCCCUGCCCCUUACACCACUCUUGUUGUAGCGCCUACAUCUCUCCUUUCCCAAUGGGAGAGCGAAGCGCUCAAGGCAUCCCAAGAGGGGACUAUGCGGGUCCGUAUGUACUAUGGAGCCGAUAAGACGGUAAAUCUUCGAGAGCUCUGUUGCGCAUCACAACGCACAACCGCGCCGCAUGUUAUCGUUACGAGCUUUGGCGUCGUGUUAUCCGAAUUCCGUUCCCUUGCAGCUCAGCAGUCCGGUGCUUCUGGCGGCUUGUUCUCCGUGGAGUUCUUCCGGGUCAUCCUGGAUGAAGCUCAUACGAUCAAGAACCGUCGUUCCAAGUCGGCUCGUGCCUGUUACGAGCUCAAGGCGGUCCACCGUUGGGUUCUCACAGGCACGCCCAUUAUCAACCGACUGGAGGAUCUGUUCAGCUUGGUACGGUUCUUGAAGGUUGAGCCUUGGAGUAAUUUCUCGUUCUGGAAGACGUUCAUCACCGUGCCGUUCGAAUCCAAGGAGUAUGCGCGCGCAUUGAAUGUAGUCCAGAGUGUGCUGGAGCCUCUAGUUCUUCGAAGGACUAAGAACAUGAAGACCCCCGAGGGUGACCCCCUUGUUCCCCUGCCACCUCGCACAAUUAAUAUCGAAGAAAUUGAGCUCUCCGAAAAGGAACGAGAGAUCUACGACUGCAUUUACACCCGCGCCAAGAGGACUUAUAAUGACAACAUGGAAAGAGGAACUCUGCUCCAAUCGUACUCGACUAUCUUCGCUCAAAUCCUUCGCCUUCGUCAAACCUGCUGCCACCCGAUUCUCACUCGGAAUAAAGACAUUGUUGCGGACGAGGAAGUUGCCGCCGCCGUGGCGGAUGCCACGAAUGAGUUCAAAGAUGACAUGGAUCUCCAAGAGUUGAUCAACCAGUUCACAGCUUCAACGCAAAACCCAGAGGCGGAAGACCGCACUGUCAAAUUCACUGCCCAUGCUCUCCGCCAAAUUCAAACCGAGUCCACGGGCGAGUGUCCUAUCUGCUGCGAGGAGCCCAUGAUCAACCCAGCGGUAACCGCAUGCUGGCACAGCGCUUGUAAGAAGUGUCUCGAAGAUUUCGUCAAGCACCACAUGGACAAAGGCACCCAGCCACGCUGCUUCAACUGCCGUGCCGAUAUAGACGCCAAGAACUUGUUUGAAGUCGUCCGGCAUCCCGCUUCGCAAGCUCUGCCGGUAGAGGAGGCCAGCAUGAGUGACGCCCCAGGCCGCUCGCAGCCUGCUCCACGUAUCUCUCUUCGACGGAUCAACCCUCUUUCCCCCUCAGCCCAGACAUCCGCCAAGAUCUAUGCCCUCAUCAACCACCUCUCGCGUGUCCCGCCGAACACCAAGUCUGUCGUCUUCUCCCAAUUCACCUCGUUCCUCGAUCUGAUCGGUCAGCAACUUGACAAGUCGGGCGUUUCAUUCGUCCGACUGGACGGCUCGAUGCCUCAAAAAGCUCGCAAGGCGGUCCUCGAAGAAUUCCAGCAAACAGAAACCUUCGAAGAGGAUAUCGAGGACAGCGCAGAUGAAAUGCCCGUCAUGCUCAUCUCGCUGAAAGCAGGAGGUGUCGGCCUCAACCUCACAACCGCAAGCAACGUCUUCAUGAUGGAUCCCUGGUGGAGCUUCGCAACCGAGGCCCAGGCCAUCGACCGUGUCCACCGAAUGGGCCAGACGCGCGAUGUCUCCGUGACUCGCUUCAUUGUCAAGGACUCUAUUGAAGGGAGGAUGCUCCGGGUCCAAGAGCGGAAGAUGAAUAUCGCUGGCUCGCUUGGGCUGCGUGUUGGCGGUGACGAUCCGGAGGAAGAUAAGAAGAAGGAGAGGAUUACGGAGCUCAGGAUGCUGUUUGAAUAG